AUGGCAACAGCAGAUUUGUUAUCACAGAAUAGAGCAACCGGGUUGUUAUUGUCUGCAUUCAGAUCUCUCAGCAAAUAUAAGAGCCAUUGGAUUUCACAAACUGUGGAAGCUAGAGCUCUGUACUCAGCUUCAGAGGAGGACCUUGACACAGUGGCUUUGAACAUCUCUGGGUUUAUCCACAAACUGGCUCAGCUGUUGCACUGCAUAAGAGAUAUCAGGCCUGGUAUUGGGGAUAGCGUAAUGUACUUCGACAAAGCCUCAGACAUCUGGAACGCUCUUCAUAAGAGGUAUUCUCAAUCUGAUCCUCACCGAAUUUCUGAGAUUCAAAAUGAGAUAUUCAGGAACAUUCAAGGUAGCUUGACAGUCAAUGAAUACUUUACCAAAUGUAAUGCCCUAUGGCAGCAGAUGAAUGCUUUGAGACCUCUGCUCCAAUGUGAGUGUGUUCCUAAAUGUUCCUGCACUCUCAUGCGUAGAAUGCAGAAGGAGAGAGAGGAGGAUCAAAUAAUUAGGUUUCUAGAGGGCCUAAAUGAAAAAUAUAAAACCAUUAAGUCUGGAGUGCUAGUAAUGGACCCUAUUCCAGAUAUGGAGAAGGUCCUAAAUAUGACAUUGAAAGUUGAAAGGAAGAUUAGAGGAUCAUUGAAUCAAAAAUGUGGUGACAUAAUUCAAUCCAAUGCUGUUCAAAAUAACCAACAAACUGGGGAAGAACAAUCUGUUGUGGCAGCUGCCACUUCUAACUACAAGAAGAAGUUCACCAACAGUGGAGGAAGGAAUGUGCCAAAGUGCACUUUCUGUGGAAUGCUUGGUCACACCAUCGAGAAGUGCUACAAGAAGCAUGGAUACCCUCCCGGAUGGGUGGCUGGCUAUAAAACCAAGAACAAGCAGCCCCAGGACAUACAGUAG